AUGACAGCCGUGCAAGAGCUUCUUCAAAACAAGGCAAUUCAGCGGAUCUCAGGCUUUCAAAACGCUCUCUUCAACAUGUUCGGCCACAAGAACUACCUUGAACACAAGGUCACAAAUGAUGAGCUGCUUCAUAAGCAGCCGGAGUUGCGAGCCAACUUCCCCAACAAUGCUUUUGCUGCGACAACCUUCAACCUGGGACCCCUCUCCUUUUCUCCACCCCAUAUGGAUCCUGAUAACCGUGCCUCCAGCUGGUGUGCUGAUACCCCCAUGGGUCCCUUCAACCCUGACCAAGGUGGCCAUCUUGUGCUGUGGGACCUCGGGCUCGUUAUCCGCUUUCCUCCUGGCUCCACGAUCCUUUUUCCUUCUGCGCUUAUCACGCAUUCUACCAUCCCCAUUCAAGCAGGUGAGACCCGCUAUGCAAUGAUACAAUAUUCCUCAGGAGGUCUUUUUCGCUGGCGUGAAAACGGGUUCCAAUCUGAUAAAACAUUCCUGGCAACAGCUAGCCCUGAAGAACUAAUGGCUCGCGAGUUAGCACGGGUGUCACGAUGGAAGUUGUCUCUGCAGAAAUUCACUCGUUGGACAGACAUUUGUCAUGAUGAUUGGAGGGGUACAGCCCGUACCAAGGCUGGUUUAGAUGAGCUAAGUGAACUUUCAGACCUUGAGGAGCCAUUGCCUGCUUUACGUCCCACUAAACGCCUUUGUUGCCGGUAA